AUGACCGAUCUACCACCAUCAACCACCACCGCCCCGCACCACACACGCACGCCUCUCGCGCUUCACUCGAGAUCUCCCCCACUUCCCAUGGAUCCCCUCCACGUCCGCCUCCGCCUCCGCCUCGGCGCGCUCGUGAUGGCUCUCGUGCUUGCCGCCUCCGGCGGGUGGUGGGGCGGCGCGGAGGCUUCGAUCCACACCUACGGCCGCGAGCCCUUCCGCGAGGUGGGCAACGCCUUCCUGCUCUCCGGCGGUAGCGAGGGCAUCGUCGCUGACGGGUCCGACCCCGCCUCUCCCGCCUCCUCCUUCAUCAAGUUCAUAAAUGUUACUUUCUGGAGGACCGCAGAAUCGGCAGAAUCGCAUGCAAAAAUGGCACACAGUACAGGUCUGGUACAAGCUAUUUUAUUUGAAGCAGCUGACAGGGAUAACAUUGGGGGAUCUGCCUAUGGUGGACAGAGGUCUAUUUGUUGUACCCCUGACCUUGCUAAACUGGAGGGCUGCAAACAAGGGGAAGUAAUCAGGAGGCCAUCCUCUGAUGAUCCGGAUUGGCCUGUUGUGGUAGACACACACUUCAGUGCUAAUCACCUCUCAGUGAAGUUGGAAGAUGAGGAAGUUCGCAUUACAAAGACAGGCAUGUAUAACUUGUUCUUCAUUUCUUGCGAUCCAAAACUGAGGGGCCUUGCUAUGAGUGGGAAGACGGUCUGGAGGAAUCCUGGUGGUUACCUACCUGGACGGAUGGCACCUCUGAUGACAUUCUAUGUUUUCAUGUCACUAGCAUAUCUGUUAGUCAUGGUUGUCUGGUUUAGCCAGUACAUAAGGUUUUGGAGGGAUAUAUUGCCAAUCCAGAACUGGAUCACUUUAGUUAUUGCCCUUGGCCUGUUUGAGAUGACACUAUGGUACUUUGAAUACUUAAACUUCAACAGCAGUGGUGUACGCCCAGUUGGAAUUACAACUUGGGUGGUAACUGUUGGAGCCAUCAGAAAAACAAUUUCCCGCCUACUGAUCCUUUCUAUAUCAAUGGGAUAUGGUGUCGUUCGCCCAACUCUGGGAGGUCUCACAUCCAAAGUUCUACUCCUUGGGCUUACAUAUUUCCUGGCUUCUGAAUUGCUGGAUAUAGCAGAAAAUGUUGGAACAAUUAAUGACAUCUCAGGCAAAGCAAAGCUUUUCCUUGUCCUCCCUGAUGCAUUUUUGGACGCUUUUCUCAUACUUUGGAUUUUCACUUCUCUUUCCCGUACUCUUGAGAAGCUACAGGCAAGGAGGAGUUCUGUGAAAUUGGAUAUAUACAGGAAAUUUACAAAUGCAUUGGCAGUUUCUGUCAUAGCUUCAGUUGUCUGGAUUGGUUAUGAGGUUUAUUUCAAAGCGACGGACCCCUUCAGUGAGAGAUGGCAGAGUGCCUGGAUCAUAACAGCAUUCUGGGAUGUUCUUGCCUUUGUUUUGCUUGUUGUUUUAUGCUAUUUGUGGGCACCAUCCCAAAGCUCGCAAAGAUAUGCUUAUUCAGGUGAAGCUGCGGAUGAUGAUGACGAGGAGGCUCAGUCUCUGACAAAGGGGUCUGAUGGUGAUGUAGGGAUGGUAAAAAUUGACAAAGACAGAAAUGCUGGUGUUGGCAGUGCUUUCAGCUUGGAUGAUGACGAGGCUGAGGAGGACAAAAGAGAGUAGUAUUUCUUCCCCUGAUCCUUACUUUGCCAGAUACCCAGAAACAAGAAUGUUCAAGGGUUUGAGCUUUUUUGGUGGUUCGAUGUCCUCUGUUGUUCCUGCCUUAGUUACACAGGUUUUGUUGUAGAAGUGUGCGUUUUCUAUCCACCCCUUGCCAGAGUAGUUCGAUGUGGAGUUCGCCUAGGCAAAAUUGGUACAAAGUUGCAAAUCAUUUAUAUCAAAACAGUGUACAUAUAUGUUCUCUU